AUGGAAAACUUUUUGCAGUUCGUGCAUUUCCUCGCUCUCCACGUGCCGCAAGCUCAUGUCCAUCAAUCCGUCUCCAUCUGUCCAUCUAUACAUCCACAUGCGCACAUAUCUACGUAUCUAUCGUCAUCCGAUCAUGUCUGUCUAUCCGUCCCCAUCUGCCCAGGUACAUAUAUACGUCUCUCUCUGCCUAUGUAUAUCUAUGCGUUUCCAUCUGCCCAUGUACUUAUAACCAUCCCCCAUCAUCCCAUGCCUAUCUAUCAGUCCCCAUCAGCUCGUCUGUCUAUCCAUCUCCAUCUAAUGUCUAUCUAUCCGUCCCCACCUGCCCAUGUCUCUAUCCAUUCAUGUCCAUGUAACUGUCUCGAUUUUUUGGGCUUAUAUAUCCGCCUCAAUCCGCUAAUGUCCAUCAAUCCGUCACCUACUACACAUAUCUAUCUAUACGUCUCCAUCUGUCCAUCUACCCAUCCACAUCUGCACAUGUCUACGUAUCUGCCUUCAUAUGAUCAUCUCCAUCGAUUCGUCCCCAUCUGUCCAUGUACAUGUAUUCCUAUCAAUCCGCCCAUGUACAUCUAUCCGUGCCUAUUUGACCAUAUACAUCUGUUCGUCCCUUUGUGUCUAGGCUUAUCUAUUCGCCUGCCCACGUAUAGCUAUACGUCCCUAUCUGCCUAUGUACAUCUAUUCGUCUCCAUCUGCCCAUCUACGUCUAUCCUUCCCCAUUUGCCCAUGUCUAUUUAUCCGUCGCCAUCGCCUCAUUUCUAUCGGUCUCAAUCCGUUCAUGUCCUUCAAUCCGUCACCAUCCGCUCAUAUACAUCUAUCCUUCCCUAUCUGCCUAUGUAUAUCUAUUCGUCUCCAUCUGCCCAUCUACGUCUAUCCUUACCCAAUUGCCCAUGUCUAUUUAUCCGUCGCCAUCAGCUCAUUUCUAUCAGUCUCAAUCUGUUCAUGUCAUUCAAUCCGUCACCAUCCGCUCAUAUACAUCUAUCCUUCCCUAUCUGCCUAUGUACAUCUAUUCCUCUCUAUCUGCCUAUCUACGUCUAUCCUUCCCCAUUUGCCCAUGUCUAUUUAUCCGUCGACAUCAGCUCAUUUCUAUCGGUCUCAAUCCGUACAUGUCCUUCAAUCCGUCACCAUCCGCUCAUAUACAUCUAUCCUUCUCUAUCUGCCUAUGUACAUCUAUUCGUCUCCAUCUGCCCAUCUACGUCUAUCCUUCCCCAUUUGCCCAUGUCUAUUAAUCCUCACCAUCCGCUCAUAUACAUCUAUCCUUCCCUAUCUGCCUAUGUACAUCUAUUCGUCUCCUUCUGCCCAUCUACGUCUAUCCUUCGCCAUUUGCCCAUCUCAUAUACAUCUAUCCUUCCCUAUCUGCCUAUGUAUAUCUAUUCGUCUCCAUCUGCCCAUCUAAGUCUAUCUUUCCCCAUUUGCCCAUGUCUAUUUAUCCGUCGCCAUCAGCACAUUUCUAUCGGUCUCAAUCUGUUCAUGUCCUUCAAUCCGUCACCAUCCGCUCAUAUACAUCUAUCCUUUCCUAUCUGCCUAUGUACAUCUAUUCGUCUCCAUCUGCCCAUCUUCGUCUAUCCUUCCCCAUUUGCCCAUAUCUAUUUAUCCGUCGCCAUCAGGUCAUUUCUAUCGGUCUCAAUCCGUUCAUGUCAUUCAAUCCGUCACAUCCGCUCAUAUACAUCUAUACUUCCCUAUCUGCCUAUGUACAUCUAUUCGUCUCCAUCUGCCCAUCUACGUCUAUCCUUCCCCAUUUGCCCAUGUCUAUUUAUCCGUCGCCAUCAUCUCAUUUCGUUCGGUCUCAAACAGUUCAUGUCCUUCAAUCCGCCACCAUCCGCUCAUAUACAUCUAUCCUUCCCUAUCUGCCUAUGUAAAUCUAUUCGUCUCUAUCUGCCAAUCUACGUCUAUACUUCCAUAUUUGCCCAUGUCUAUUUAUCCGUCGCCAUCAGCUCAUUUCUAUCGGUCUCAAUCCGUUCAUGUCCUUCAAUCCGUCACCAUCCGCUAUACUUCCCUAUACAUCUAUCCUUCCCUCCAUCUGCCCAUCUAAAUCUAUUCGUCUCCAUCUGCCCAUAUUUGCCCAUGUCUAUUUAUCCGUCGCCAUCAGCUCAUUUCUAUCGGUCUCAAUCCGUUCAUGUCCUUCAAUCCGUCACAUCCGCUAAUAUACAUCUAUACUUCCCAAGCUGCCUAUCUCAUUUUUGUCGGUCUCAAUCCGUUCAUGUCCUUCAAUCCGUGACGAUCCGCUCAUAUAUAUCUAUACUUCCCUAUCUGCCUAUGUACAUCUAUUCGACUACAUAUGCCCAUCUACGUCUAUCCUUCCCCAUUUGCCCGUGUCUAUUUAUCCGUCGCCAUCAGCUCAUUUCUAUCGGUCUCAAUCCGUUCAUGUCCUUGAAUCCGUCACCAUCCGCACAUAUACAUCUAUCCUUCCCUAUCUGCCUAUGUAAAUCUAUUCGUCUCUAUCUGCCCAUCUACGUCUAUCCUUCCCCAUUUGCCCAUGUCUAUUUAUCCGUCGCCAUCAGCUCAUUUCUAUCGGUCUCAAUCCGUUCAUGUCCUUCAAUCCGUCACCAUCCGCUCAUAUACAUCUAUCCUUCCCUAUCUGCCUAUGUACAUCUAUUCGUCUCCAUCUGCCCAUCUACGUCUAUCCUUCCCCAUUUGCCCAUGUCUAUUAAUCCGUCGCCAUCAGCUCAUUUCUAA